GUCAGAAGUUGGGUUGAAGAUAAUGUGGUUCAGAAAUGAUACGAGAAUCAAACUUUGGCAAAUUGACCGAGAAGAUGAGUUGAUACCAGACGAUGUGAAGUACCAACCCAGCAGUCCAUUGAGAGAACAGCUAUCAAUUGUUUUAUUAUUUGGUUUUACCACAGCAACCGUCACAUUUAUUGGAGAGCUACUGUGCUAUCAUGGUUGGAAAAAAUUGAAGAACAGCCAUUGAACGAUUCAGAUAGGUAAUCAAUAAUUCUUGGGAUAGUGUGUAUUCAUAAGCAGAAGACAAUGACAAAAAAAAAUUAUAUAAAACUGGAUUCGUUGAAACUCGUGUCCAGAAUUGGACUAGACAUCGACCAGGGUAGUUUCCGGAAUGACAAGUAACAUGCACCGAGGAAUCGGCCUGGAUCGACGGCAUACAAAAUUACACAAUGAAAACUGACGGUCUGUAUCAAACCAUCUUCGUAAGCGACAGUACCGCAACUCGAAGAAUUCCCGGCAUAUCUGACCUAUUUCGCCUAAUCGGACAGUACUGUCCCCUCAUACAAUUAAGUGUGAAUGAUUCUGAUCUGCUUAAUGAAAUAAAACCGGAUCCUGCAUCAACGUUAUUCGUGUACAUUCAUAUUCCACUUAUUGAAGGAACCCUCCCGUCAACCAAAAUCAUGAACGCAAUGAUGGAGGCAUCAUAUGGCAGAAAGAGAGUAAGAUAUUUGAUAAUUCAUUACUCUAAGUCUAACAAUGAUGACGUAAGAGAAAUCCUAAAAUACGCUUGGCGAAGACAGGGUGUGCAGUGUGCUAUUCUUGAAUUGCUCUAUUACCUCAAUCAGAAUAUGCAAGAUGAAAUAUUCCAAGCUGUAGUCCAUCAGUACAAUCCUUUUAUGGACAAAUUUACUUCAGAAAAUUUUUCCUCUCAAACAGAAUUAUUUCCAAUCGCAGCGAAUAAUAUGAAUGGUUACCCUUUCAAAAUUCGCAUCGCCCAUGAUCCACCCUUUUCAACUGUGAGAUAUGGGAGUAAUGGUAAAAUAACAUUGAAAGGGGCAAAUAUGCGUUUAAUAAAUGCCUUGGCUGAAUCGAUGAAUUUCACUAUAGAAGCCCAAGUACAGGAGAGACUGUCCGCCGAUGGUCGGCUGAAUUCAUUUCUACAACCACUAGUGAAUAAACAAAUGGAUAUGUAUGCUCAUAUUGUCGCUAAUCCUUCGGAACAAGCUGAGGUACGGAGUCUACGAACAAGAUCAGUACACGUAGAUCAGCUUUGCGCAAUUGUUCCAUACAUUGCCAAGAAAAAUUCUCAACUACUCUCUAUGAAUACAGUAGGUGCUUAUCUUCUCAUACUUAUUAUUGUAGUAGUAUUCUGGACUCUAGAACAUUUGACACAUCUAGACAGUAAAUAUUGGUCCCCAUUUAUCGUAAUGAAAUUACUGCUCGGUGUAACAGUGGAAAAAACGCCCAAUUAUACUGCCGAUCGUAUCAUGUUUGGUGCACUAUGUCUGGUAUCUAUAAUGUACUCUACGAAUCUCUACAGCUCAUUAACAGGGGAAAUAGUGCACAUUGACGAAGUCAAUGAAUGGUCGACCUUGGAAGACUUGGUAAACUCUGAUUUAGUCCCAAUUAUUUCUCCACUCUACUACAAUAAGACAUUCAGUUAUGCUAGUGGAGUUCAGCUACAGCUCAAGGCAAAAGUUCAGAUGACAUCAUGGAAUAUGAUGGACUGUUUGAAUUACUUGGUUGAAUACAAGAAUAUAAGUUGCAUAAUGAGGGAAAAGGCAUACAAUGUUUUCGAGCAGUACGAAUCAAUACGUAGAUCUGUACUAUUGAAACCUUGCUUAAUUGCAGAUUCAUUCGCAUUUCCCAUAGCAAAAAAUUCACCAUAUCGUGAACGCAUUGAUGACUUAAUAGGUGUGUUCCGCGAUGUAGGUCUUCUGAAUAAAUGGUACGAUAUCGGAUUCAGUAGGCGUCAGAAUAUUACUCCGGAAGAAAAUGAUGAUGCAAGAGAUGUUCUCAUGGAAAAGCAUAAUCUUUUUCAACAAUUUGCCAUCAUAAUGAUUGUUGGUUAUACAUCAGCUUCGAUUGCAUUAUUGGGAGAAUUGAUUUUCUACCAUAAAUUCGACAAAAAAAGACAUUCACCGAAAGCUGGGAACUGCAACACCUAUGCAAAGCGGAGCUUAAUGCGCAUUUCGCGAGAAUAAUCCCUGCACUCCAAAGAUACCACGUUAGAUUCUACUGACAACAAUCAUCGGAAAUCAUCUCUGCAAUAUUUAUACUAUAUUUUUUGGUGUUCUGUAA